CCUAGAUUUUUUUUGAAUAUAACUUAGUACAAUAUUAUUGUACUCUAUAAUGUUCCUAAUCAUAAUAAAUUGUUCAAAUCCAUUAGAGCCAUUGUACUCUUAUGGCAGGAGUACAAUGAAUCAUUUGAAUCUACAUCAAAUUCGUGUAUCGUCAUCAUGUGUGGUACUUGAGAGCGGAAUUGCUGAAAUGUAUAUGACUGGCAUGGCAUUGUCUGAGAGAUUUGUUGGAUGAGACAGGAGCGAGGAGCGUCAGAGAUCAAUAGCAGUCGGGAUGUCCGUUACCAUGGCAACCCCAUCCGCCCUUCCCAAGAUGGAGUCAUAGACCAGUCACACAAAUUCUGAAGGUUAAUCCUUAUCAAGGCGAAAGAUGGGGUGGACCAAUGUGGCAUUGGUCACAACUAGCAGCGUAUUGCUCAGCUCAUUGGUAUUUGUGACGGCAGCCUCGAAAAACCCGACCUACUUCAACAUCGGCGGCGUCCUCAGUAACAAUGUCAGCGAAUUUCACUUCCAGGAAACCAUCGCUCAUGUGAACUUCGACAGCCAUUAUGUGCCCAGAGGAACCACAUACUAUGUCACUGCAAUUCAGAUGGAUGCAAAUCCCAUAAGAACGGCGUUGAGUGUCUGCAAAUAUCUGAUUGCUCACAGGAGCAUUGUCCUGUAUGACCUUACGCUUUGGGGUGGAGCCACAGAUGUUUCACGAGUGUUACUCAUUCAGAAGAGGGCCCUGAGGAUCCUUUGUGGUGCUGAGCAUCUUGCCCAUUGUCGUCCCCUCUUUGUGAGAGAGAGAAUCCUCAUAGUCGUCUCCCUCUAUGUACUUCAGACCCUCUGCAGAACACAUGCAAAUGUGGGGGAGCUUGUAACAAGGCAGAAUUUUCACUCACAUGAGACUAGAGGGAGACAGAGGCUGGACGAGCCCUACCAAAGACUGAGCAGGACACGAUCGAGCUAUGGCCAUCUAUCUGUCAGGCUCUUCAACAAGCUGCCGGUGAUGGCUAGGAAUCUGCCUGCCAGCAAAUUUCGGAGGGUCCUGAGAGACUUAUUGUUGGAUAAUCCUUUGUACUCACUCCGUGAGUUUUUCAUGUUGGACAGCAGCUUGAGUCAAACUGCAGUUUUUCAGACUAUGUAAUACCAUGUUUGUAAGAAAAUAGCAAAAGUGGUCAUUGAUAGGCUUAGAGAUUUAUCACCAACAUCGAGACAAGAAAACAGACUUCAGGUAA